AUGGAACUCGGUCUCCCCCACAUCCUGCUUCUGCUGCUGCCGCUCCUCCUCCUCCAGCUCGCCGCUGGUCAUGGCGGGGGCACCGCCUUGCUAUCCUCCUCCGAGGCGGCUUACGGGCAGGUAUACGGCGGCGGGGGGGAAGUGGAGGAGAAGAACAGGAGUCGGGUGGGCGGCGGCUUUGGCGGGGUCUCGGCGGCGAUAAUGGAGAUGGCGAUGGCGGAGGAGACGGGAGAGUGGCUGAGGGGGAUCAGGAGGAGGAUCCACGAGCUGCCGGAGCUGGCCUUCGAGGAGAUGGAGACCAGCAGGCUGGUACGCCGUCAGCUCGACGCCAUGGGGAUCUCCUACCGCUUCCCCGUCGCCGCCACCGGUCUCGUCGCCACCAUCGGCACCGGCGGGCCUCCCUUCGUCGCCCUCCGCGCCGACAUGGACGCCCUCCCAAUUCAGGUCUCUCUUCUUCUUUUUCCUCCUCUUCCUCCUCUGCUUCUUCUUCUUUUUCUUUUUCCUCUUCUUUUUCUUCUUCAUCCUCCUCUUCCUCCUCCUCAUCUUCUUUCUCCUCUACCUCCUCUUCCUCUCCCUCCUCAUCUUCUUUCUCCUCUUCCUCUUCUUCUUCAUCCUCUUCCUCCUCCUCUUUCGCCUCUUCUUCAUCCUCCACUUUCUCCUCUUCUUCUUUAUCCUCUUCCUCCUCCUCUUUCGCCUCUUCUUCAUCCUCCAUUUUCUCCUCUUCUUCAUCCUCCUCAUCCUCCUCUUCCUCCUCUUCUUCUUUAUCCUGCUCGCAGGAGGCGGUGGAGUGGGAGCACAAGAGCAAGGUCCCCGGCAAGAUGCACGCCUGCGGCCACGACGCCCACGUUGCCAUGCUCCUCGGCGCCGCCCGCAUACUCAAAUCCCGCGAGCCCCACCUCCAGGUCAGACACAGAGAGAGAGAUAGAGAGAUAGACAUAUCUAUAUCUAUAUCCAUAUCCAUAUAUAUAUAGAGAGAGAGAGGCGCUGGCCAGCCUAGCCCAUCUGCCGGAGACAGAGCUUCCUCCGUCAGAUAUAUAUAUAUAUAUAUAUAUAUAUAUAUAUAUAUAUAGAGAGAGAGAGAGAGAGAGAGAGAGAGAGAGAGAGAGAGAGAUCUGAUAUUGUGUAAUGGGUUUCUGGCAGGGGACGGUGAGGCUGAUCUUCCAACCGGCGGAGGAGGCGGGGAACGGCGCCAUGAGAAUGAUCAAGGAAGGGGCGCUGGAGGGAGCAGAGGCCAUCUUCGCCGCCCACGUCUCCCAUGAGCACCCCACCUCCGUCGUCGCCUCCAUGCCCGGCGCCAUCCUCGCCGGGUGCGGAUUCUUCAAGGCCGUCCUCACCUCUCCGGAGUACGGCGGCGCCGCUACCCCAAUCCUCGCCAGCGCCGCCGUCGUCCUCUCCCUGCAGGGCCUCGUCUCCCGCGAAGCCGACCCCCUCGACUCCCAGGUCGUCUCCGUCGCCUCCGUCCACGGCGGCGGCGCCAGCUCCGCCACCCUCGGCGGCACCUUCCGGGCCUUCUCCAACGCCAGCUUCCACCGUCUCUGCCGGAGGAUCCAAGAGGUCCGUCCUUCUGCUCCAUCAUCACCUGUCAUUUUUACAUACAUUUCAUUCGUGUGAGCUCAUCUGACUGAUUUGGGCAGGUGAUAGAGCAGCAGGCGAGAGUGUACAGGUGCGUUGUGGAGGUGGACUUCUUCAAGGAGCAGCAGUUCUACCCGCCGACGGUCAACGACGAAGGGAUGGCGGCGCUGGUGAGGGAGGUGGCCGUUGACCUGCUGGGGCGGGAGAAUUACUGGGCUGUCCAGCCGAGGAUGGGGGCGGAGGACUUUGCCUUCUACUCGGGGAUCGUCCCCGCCGCCUUCUACUACAUCGGGGUGAGGAACGAGACGCUGGGGUCCGUCCACAACGGUCACUCCCCGCUCUUCAUGAUCGACGAGAACGCCCUCCCCACUGGCGCCGCCGUUCAUGCCGGCAUAGCCGAGAGGUACCUUAGGGAGAGAGCAGCAGCCCUAAGAGUGGAUCCCCCAGUCACAAAAGAGUAG